CUCUUAACCCACCAAAUAUAUGAGGCGCUGGAUGGAUUGAACGAACAGCUAGAGAGAGAGAGAGAGAAUGUUGAUAACGGUCAGAGAAGUUGCUUCUGCUUCUUCUUCGCCCCUUUGCUUCAACCUCUCUGCACACACACUCUCUCCCAAACACUCUUCAAGGUUUCGAAACCCUACUUGCAGAGCCAGCCUUUCUGUUCAGACCAAACCCACCACUGCCUCAUCAUGGAACGUUUCUCUCCACUCCAAUAGCCGCGGGGGAUCAGUUUUUGAUCCUUUGGGAAUUGAUUCAGAUAAAUCAUCGGGUCUAAAUGCUGCUUGGGAAAGUGUCCUAAACUUGCUUUCACAAAAAUUUGAGAGCACCUCAAGUACAAAAAAGGAUAAAACUCCUUCAGCUAGAGGGGUGGCAGCUGCAAUUGAGGAUACUUCCAUUGAUUUUGGGGACUUCUUCAAAGGCCCAUUGCCAGGAAAAUUUCUCAAGCUCUUGGGUUAUUUGGCUUUAUCGCGACUUGGAAUAUAUGUACCUCUGGGAGGGGUAAAUCGGGAUGCCUUUGUUGGCAAUCUAGAUCAGAACAGUUUAUUGAGCACUUUGGAUUCAUUUUCUGGAGGAGGCAUUGGUCGACUUGGGAUAUGCUCCCUUGGUAUUGUUCCUUUUAUCAAUGCACAGAUUGUUUUCCAGCUUCUCACCCAAAUCUACCCCAAGUUGCAAGAGCUUCAGAAAAGAGAAGGUGAAGCAGGAAGAAAGAAAGUUCUUCAAUAUACUCGUUAUGCUUCAGUUGGGUUUGCCAUAGUACAGGCAAUUGGCCAAGUCCUCUUCCUUCGCCCUUAUGUCAAUGACUUCAGUUCCGAGUGGGUUAUAUCCUCUGUUACCUUAUUAACACUUGGAUCAGUACUUACAACAUAUAUUGGGGAACGGAUCACUGACCUAAAACUGGGAAAUGGUACAUCUCUUUUGAUAUUUACAAGCAUUAUCUCCUACUUGCCAGCAUCUUUUGGUAGGACAGUUGCACAGGCAUUUCAGGAUGGUAACUAUGCUGGACUUGUGGCCAUCGUUAUCUCCUUCUUCCUGUUAGUCCUUAGUAUUGUAUAUGUUCAGGAAGCAGAGAGGAAAAUUCCAAUAAAUUAUGCCUCAAGAUAUGCUAGCAAAAGUGGAGGGCUUCAAAAAUCUGCUUACCUACCAUUUAAGGUAAAUAGCUCAGGAGUGAUGCCAAUUAUCUUUUCCACAUCAUCACUAGCUCUUCCCGGCACUUUAGCACGUUUCACUGGCUUAGAUGUACUGAAAAAGGCUGCAUUUUCUUUAAACCCAGGAGGUUCUUUCUAUCUCCCCACGAAUGUCCUAUUGAUAGCCUUCUUCAACUACUACUACACCUUUCUACAGUUGGACCCUGAUGAUGUGAGUGAACAAUUGAAGCGCCAAGGUGCAUCGAUCCCACUUGUCCGACCUGGUAAAAGUACAGCUGCGUAUAUUAAAACGGUUCUUAGUCGAAUAUCCGUUCUGGGUUCCGCAUUUUUAGCAAUUCUAGCCGCUGGUCCGGCUGUGAUCGAACAAACUACACAUCUUACAGCAUUCCGGGGAUUUGCAGGCACAUCGGUUCUCAUUCUUGUUGGCUGUGCCACAGACACCGCAAGAAAAGUUCAAGCCGAAAUAAUAUCACAAAAGUACAAGAACAUAGAGUUCUAUGACAUUGACAAGUAUGGCUCGUAAAACAAAAAGAAAAGGGUUUUUGGUUUCUACGGUUUGAUUUCAGAUAGAUUGCAUCAUGAAUUGGCCAUGUUGUAUUUGGAUCCACAGCCUUAGUUAAUUCUACUUUUUUAUUUUUUAUUAUUUACAGUUUGACUCUAGCUGGGUCACCCAUCUUUUGUAUAAAUGCUGGUACACAACUGCAGUUUUCUUCAGAUUACACAUAUAGGAAAAUCCAUUUCACUUGUUCAAA